AUGUGUGACCAGCAGAAGCAGGUGCAGUUCCCUCCAUCUUGUGUGAAAGGUUCGGGGUUGGGGGCUGCGCAAAGUUCCCAAGUUACCGCUGUGAAAUGCGCAGCUCCAUGCCCAGCUCCAUGCGUCACUCAGACCUGCGUGAAAUGCCCAGCUCCGUGCGCCCCUCAGACCUGCGUGAAAUGCCCAGCUCCUUGCGUCACUCAGACCUGCGUGAAAUGCCCAGCUCCAUGCCAGACAACCUAUGUGAAAUGUGCAGCUCCCUGCCAGACAUAUGUGAAGUGCCCAGCUCCGUGCCAGACAACCUAUGUAAAAUGCCCAGCUCCGUGCCAGACGACCUACGUGCAAUACCCAACUGCCUACCCGACCCAGACGUACUAUGUCCAGUACCCUUCUUAUGCCCAGAGCUACUACCUUCCGUCUUCUGGGGGUGGCUCGGGCACCCAGAGCUACUACCUCCAGUCUUCUGGGGGUGGCUCGGGCGCCCAGUGCUGUGUCCCUGAUCCAUGCUCUGCUCCCUGUUCCACCAGCUACUGCUGUCUGGCUCCCCGGACCUUCGGGGUGAGUCCCCUGAGACGCUGGGUCCAACGGCCUCAGAACUGCAACUCAGGAUCCUCUGGCUGCUGUGAGGACUCUGGGUGCUGCAGCUCCGGGUGCUGCAGCUCCGGGUGCUGCUCUGGGUGCUGCUCUGGGAUCUGCUGUUUGGGAAUUAUUCCCAUGAGGUCUGAAGGCCCCGCGUGCUGUCAUCGCGAGGAUGACUGCUGCUGCUAAAUACAGAAACACAGCUCUAGCUCUCCUUCCAAAUUCAAUGCCUGCUCCGCCUUCUGGACCUUCACCGGCCCCUGCCUGCUCUCUGUCUUCCCAGUGAUGUAGAACCCCGUUGCUUCACCUCCGCUCUUUGCUUCUUUAUCAAGGCAGCCUGCCAGAGUUAGCACGGCCCCCAAACUUUGGCAAGAAUAAAACUUUGGAUGCAA